AUGAUGCUAUCUUCAAAAACCAUAACUGCACUUUCUUGUGCAAAUAAAUUUUCUGAAGAUUUUGUUGCGGAUAAUAGUAUACUUAUAUGCCGAUUCUGUAAUUAUAGUGUGAGCUUUUUGAAUAAGUCAUCAGUUACCUCUCAUAUUGCUGGAACAAAGUAUAUUCAAAGAUGUGUAUUAUUUGAAAAAAAUCAAAAAAAUAAAUUGCAACAAACUAUGCUAGCUGUAUUAAAAUCAGGGAAGUCUAAAAGAAAAUUAAUCUGUAAUUUAUUAGAAGUUUGG